AUGCCGAACUACCCGUAUAAUUACCUUAACACAAAGGAUAAUGAACAUCUUUUCUAUCGAAUUAAAAUGGCCUCUUUCACGGGUUAUACCGUGGCCCUUUUCAAUGCCUCUCUAAAGUAUUUACCUGCACUUUUGUCCGGCCAAAACGUCUAUACCAGUGGAUGCCAAGCUGUGCGCAUACUGGGCACUGGACUUGGUGCUGGUGCUACUCAUGCUGUCGCUAGUUAUCUAACAGCGAAGGCCUUGGGCAAGGACCACUCUGAAAUAAGUCAUGCAGUUGGAGGCGCUGCAGCGGGUUUUGUUAUCCGUUGGAAAGCUCCAUUGCCGCGCCAAAUUAAUAUGGUGUUAGGCCUAGUCACUCUCUCUGUCAUAGGGAAAUUUUGCGAGAGGGUGAGGCCCUCUUUCGCCAACGAAACCCCCUAUCGUUGCCGCGGUCUCACUCCGAAUGCCUUCAUCUCGUUGAAUCAUCGCUACAUGAACAAGAAGUGGCGAGAAGAGGAAGAGGAGUUGGAAACCUUUGUGUAG